AUGGCAGACGUCGGCAGCACUUCUCAAACCGCUGCUGCGGCUGCGGCUUCAUCACAGCAACGGCAGCAGGACAAGAUGAGAGAUGCAGCAGCAGAGAUAAGCGCCCCUCCGUCGUCACCGCUGCUCCCCCGGGUGACGAUCCAGUUCUGCACGCAGUGCAAAUGGAUGCUCCGCGCCGCCUACUACGCCCAAGAGCUGCUCUCCACGUUCGGCCUCUCCCUGGGGGAAGUCGCCCUGCAGCCCUCCACGGGCGGCACCUUCGUCGUCACAAUCGUCCACCAGCGACACAGCAGUGUCGUUGCUGUGGCCGGCGCGAAGGACCAGGACCAGGCUGCGACAGUGACCAGCACCACCCCCGCCACCACGACCAGCACCGUCCUCUGGGACCGCAAGGUCGACGGCGGCUUCCCCGAGACAAAGGAGCUCAAGCGCCGCGUGCGCGACGUCAUCGAGCCCGGGAGGGACCUCGGGCACGUGGACCGGCACCACGGUCCACCCGCGGCGGCUGGAGCUACGACUGCGACUGCGACUACGACUGUGACUGGGACUGGGCCAGGCACCACGGGCACGGUCGCGACCAAAGGGGGCGAGGUCGAAGGUAUGCAAGCGGACACGCGCCAGAUAGGGGGCCAAAGGUGCGAGGACUGCGCUCCGUGA